CGACAGUUGAGCUGUCACUGCUGAACACAAUCACAACGUUGGAGCUGUGGAAGGAGCGGGAAAGUAAGUGUAAAUGUUUAACUUAUCCACGCUUAAAGUGUUUAUUUUAUCGAAAUGUUAAGAUUGUAGAUAUACUCCAGAUUUAAUUUCUAAAUGAAUCUUAAAGUGGAUUACACAUGUAAAGGACGAUUAGAAGUACAAACUGUGAUCAAGUACUUAUUUAACUUUUGCACAGCUUUCUCUCUGACUUUUUACUUACGGUUUAUUGUCAUAACAUUUGUCUCAUUAUUAGGUCCCCUUCUUUGGAUAAACUGCUCUUCCUCUUCAGAGAACAUCGAUCUUUCAGUCCGGUUCAGCCGAUGAUGAAUCCUGUAAUAAGACGGAGACUUCCUCCGUCUGUGAGGAGUCUCCUGACUGACAUCGGUCCUAAAGAGGAGUGGACAGACACUGAGACCGACGACACGGUGAACAGAGACGGGAUCCUGCUCCCGUCCAGAGGAGAUGCUUCAGGACAGGAGUUCCUCACCCCAGCACAGACACAACAGGAAAAAGCAGCAGAGGAUGAGAGCAGAGUAAACAGAGCAGCCUGUAUGUUGUGUAAAUGUAAGCCCUCUUGUUACACCUGCCCUCGAUGUAACCUGCAUUACUGCAGUUUGGCUUGUUACCGAAGCCCAGAGCACACCACAUGCUCUGAGGAGUUUUACAAGGAGUCUGUUUUACAGGAGCUGAAGGAUAUGGGCAAAACAGAGAGUGAGGGGAGAAAGAAAAUGCAGGAGGUUCUUUUAGGACUCAGACAAAAGGCGGAGAGUACACAUGGAGGGAUGGAAACUCUGUUAAAAGAAGCUGGCGUCCUCUCAGCGGACUCAGAUGAAAGGGAAAGAGAGGAAACAGAGAAGGUGCAGGUGUUAGAACUCCUGUCCCGCUUAGCGGAGCUCCAACAGUCUGAGGAUGAAAAUGAAACAGAGAUUGAGGCGAUUUUAAUGAAACUUGAGCAAAUUGGAGGAGAGGAUCUGUCAUCUGUGGAUGUAGACCAGGAUCCUGAAGGUACAGAGGGGGUGGACUUGGCUGAUAGGCUUGCGGGACUUGAUAUUGAUAAACUAUCUGAGGAGGCGCUUUGGGAACUUCUCAGCACUAAAGAAAAAGAGACAUUUCUUGGACUAAUGAAGGAUGGAGCCCUCGGAAAACUUGUUCCCCUGUGGAAACCUUGGUGGGAAGAGCAUGAGGAGGGUGGGAGAUCCCUGGUGGAGGUGCUUGGAGAAGAAGUCGGCAAAGAGGGUAAAGAGCACGCACCAGCUGUGGAUCAAAAAUCCCAAGAAGAGGUUCAGAAUCAGGGUAAAACUGCGACAAAAUUGAGAGGAGAAAAGAAAAAGAAAACAAGCAAAAGUAAGGCAAGUUCAACAGCUGCCAGCAUCCCUCUGAUAUCUGCCAAAAUACCAAAGCUGAGCUCCUUGUGUGCAAACCCGUCACCCCUGGUUUGCUACGGUUUGAUCAAUUCCCUCUUUUGCUACACCUUCACCCUGUGCCUGUUCAACAAUGACACUGAAUCACUGAUGUUUGAGUUCUGUGACAUGAUUCUCGCUCUUUCUGAGGCACUAAACUCAAUCAGGGUGUUCAACUCCAUCCAAGAAGCAUUGGACUGUGGAGAAACUCUCAUUUUGAGUGGUGGUUACCUGGACAAGGAGGAUCCUCUCGCCCCAGCCAGGGCAGUGGAAGCUGUGGCCCACAUAAUGACGGGCAAAAACAGGAAAGAUGCUUCAGGAUAUUGCCUGGCAGCCUUGAGUCAGCUUCGCUCAGUACUCUCACGGGCCAGAACUGCCCUAUCUAAAGAGGGAGACAAUGGGGCAAAGAGGCAGAAGUACUUCCUAGCAGCAAAGAAAUGUGAGUUCUUUCAAGCCUGGGUGUUGGAUAAUGAGCACAGGAUUCGUACACUAGCUAUCGAGUUGUGGAAUGAACACAGUAGAAGAGAGAGUGUGAGGAGCAGCAUGGAGAAAGCAAAGGCUGCAGUUGAAGAGAACUUAAAGGAAGAGAAGAGCAAAGGAGAUAGAGGCUUAAUUGAGGAAUUGAGCUGAUUCAUUUUUUUGUAUCAACUGUUUCAAAAGUUCAUGAUGUAAUAAAUCUUUGUAUUAUUACCUGAAUUCUCUUCUUUGACUGUCAAAUUUAACAAAUAAAAGGUGAUCAUUGUCCUCUUCUUACUUUACUACA